GUCAGUAGAUGGCUUUUACGCCAUAGAUUUUAUUACAUCUUCACUUUUUAUUUUGGUUUAAGAUAAUAAGGAAAGGAACAGAAAUUCCUUUAAUUGUUUGUAGUUUACUUAUUUUAGAAUAAUGACUAUCAUUACUAAAAAUUUACUUAGGGUGAUAUCACAGGGCUCCCAGAAUAUAAUUCAUCGUGGGGCAGCUACUGCAGCCGCUGGGUCUACAGAUUUGAAAGCUACUAAAAUAACUACACCAAAACUUCCUGAAACAAGGACAACAUGUACUUUAAUACCGGGAGAUGGUGUUGGACCGGAAUUAGUCUAUUCCGUACAGGAAGUGUUUAAAGCAGCUGGUAUUCCUGUUGAUUUUGAAACACAUUUUUUCUCUGAAGUCAAUCCUAUACUAAGUGCAUCUUUAGAAGAUGUUGCUGGAUCAAUAGCUCGAAAUCGUGUAUGUUUAAAAGGAAUUUUAUCAACACCAGAUUACAGUCAUACCGGUGAACUUCAAACAUUAAAUAUGAAAUUAAGAGAGGCCUUAGAUUUGUAUGCUAAUGUGGUACAUGUAAAAUCAUUUCCUGGAAUUAAAUCACGCCAUCAAAAUGUCGAUUGUACUAUCAUUCGUGAACAAACUGAAGGAGAAUAUUCAGCACUUGAACAUGAAGGUGUCCCUGGUGUUGUAGAAUGUUUAAAAAUUAUUACAGAAACAAAAUCAAAACGUAUAGCUAAAUUUGCUUUUGAUUAUGCUACCAGUAACAAUCGUAAAAAGGUUACUUGCGUUCAUAAAGCUAAUAUUAUGAAACUUGGAGAUGGUCUGUUUCUUAAAUGUUGCGAAGAAAUGUCCAAGCUAUAUCCUAGAAUUGAAUUUGAAAAAAUGAUUGUUGAUAAUUGUACCAUGCAGAUGGUAUCAAACCCUCAACAAUUUGAUGUCAUGGUCACUCCAAAUUUAUAUGGUAACAUUAUUGAUAAUUUAGCAUCUGGAUUAGUUGGUGGCGCUGGACUUGUUGCCGGUGCUUCAUAUUCCGCUGAUUGUGUAGUAUUUGAACCAGGUGCAAGACACACUUUUGCUGCUGGUGUUGGUAAAAAUGUUGCAAAUCCAACAGCAAUGCUUUUGUGCGCAGCAAAAUUAUUACGACACAUAAAUUUAGCCAAUUACGGUGACAUGAUUCGAAAUGCAAUUAAUAAGGUAUUAACCGAUGGUAAAGUACGAACAAAGGAUAUUGGUGGACAAUCAAAUACAACAGAGUUUACAUAUGCUGUAAUUGCCAAUUUAGAACCACCAGAAAAAUAAAAGUUUAUUUUUUAUUUUAUUAUUUAAAUACGAAGUAUUAUAUAAGUAGUACGUUACAUAACAUUUAAUAAAAACAAUAUGAUGUAUAUGCAUUGAAUCUCAUUAAAUGUAUGUACAUAAAUAAUUAUAUUUUUAAUGUAUUUAUUAUAUUUAUUUAUGUUGAAAACUUUUAUUACUCGUGUGCCGUGUAGUUAAUUGUAACUACAGUAUAGUAAGUACUACUUACUCAUGUUUGAAUUAUUUACUGUUCUUAAUAAAGAAAUAUGUAAAUUUAAUUUUAAUUAUUAGUAUUUUAUUAUUUGUUUGUAAUUCUAAUCAGCAUGCACUAUUGAUUUCUGAUCAAGUUAAGAUCUCAGCGAUAACGAGACAAACAUUUUACUUGUAUUGUUAAUAAAGUACCUGCUAAUAUUUUUAAACUAUGUUUUUAAAAGUUGCUGUAGGAUUGUCCACUGGGAGCGCUGGCGUCGGUUUGAUUGUCCCUACCAUGAAGCUUUCUCCUGUUCUAUAACCUUCAUGGUCCCUACCAUGAUUACGCACCCAACGAAUACAGUAAAUUUCUUAUUCCAAACUUUCCUAAAUAAUUUUUAGUUUUUGCAAUUUUUAACCAUAGGUUAAAUUAAACAAUGUAAUAAUUAAUAAUUGAGCUUUCGGUGCUUGGAUUAAUAUACUGUGAUAAUGUAUGUUGUAAUAA